AUGGUGGUGCGCAGACGCGAGCUCAUACAGUACGGCGAGCGCACGGGCAGGAAAAGGAGUGUGGCGGUUGAGGCCGUGUGGGGAGCGAUCUCGCACGGCCGGGAACUGCGCAAGAGCCGCGUCGGUUUUGGUGCGCGCAGCCUCGUCUCGCGGUGUCCUGGCUGGCCUUGGCUGGCCCUGUCUGGCGCUGUUCUGGCCUUGGGGCUGGUGCCGCCGCACGGUACGGAUAAGGCGCGGGCGCGAGACUGCACAGUGCGAGGCGACGGCGGCGAAAAGCAGAAAGUGGCCGAGAAAAGUUAUUCGAGUGCGCAUAAAAUUGACGGGCUGCUUCGGGGGGGCAUUGGCGAUCCCACUAUGAGGCACCGGCUCGCUGGUGCCUGCGUAUGCGUCAGUCUAGGUGCGUAG